AUGAAGAGAGGUCUUCUUUGCGUAGGAGGAAGAUUGAAACAGUCAUCUCUGAGUGAAGAGUUAAAACACCCAGUGAUUCUGCCAAAGGACAGCCACAUAGUUGAACUUAUUUUGGCCCACUAUCACGCCAAGGUCUGUCAUCAAGGAAGGUAUCUGACACUCAUGGAACUCAGAGCAAAUGGAUUCUGGGUCAUCGGCGGAGGUAAAUCUGUUGCUAAAUUGAUUCAUGGAUGUGUUCAAUGCCGUAAGCUCAGACGACCAACAGAGCAACAGCAAAUGGCUGAGCUGCCCAAGGAGCGAGUUGAAGCCUCUGCACCAUUCCUCUACGCGGAGAAACAGGAGCUCCUCAAAGAUGGAGAUGAUGUUGCGAUUGUUGGAGUUUUCUCUGGUGAAGAAGAUGCUGCAUAUGAGAUCUAUCAAGAAGCAUGUAACUCCUUGCGGGAAGACUUCAAGUUUCUACAUACAUUUGAUAGCGAAGUUGCAAAAUUCUUCAAGGCUUCCCCAGGACAAGUUGUCAUGCUUCAUCCCGAGCGGUUUAGAUCUAAAUAUGAGCCAGCAUCUCAUUCAUUAACAGUUAAAGAUUCCACACUUGCUUCAGAAGUGCAAGAUUUCUUCAAGAAGCACGCACUGCCUUUGGUUGGACAUAGAAAACAAAGCAAUGAUGCAAAGAGAUACACCAAACGACCUCUUGUGGUUGUAUAUUAUGGAGUAGACUUCAGUUUUGAUUACAGAGUUGCGACACAGUUUUGGAGAAGCAAAGUGCUUGAAGUAGCAAAGGACUUCCCUGAGUACACAUUUGCCAUUGCGGAUGAGGAAGACUAUGCUGAUGAAUUGAAGAGCCUUGGAUUGAGUGAUAGUGGUGAAGAGGUGAAUGUUGGCAUUCUUGGUGAGGGAGGAAAGAAAUAUGCCAUGGAACCAGAAGAAUUCGACUCGGAUGUGCUUCAUAGCUUUGUUAUGGCCUUUAAAAAAGGCAAGGUGAAACCCAUUGUAAAGUCUCAACCUAUUCCCAAGAGCAACAAAGGACCAGUGACUGUUGUGGUGGGCAAAACUUUCGAUGAGAUUGUCAUGGACGCCAAGAAAGACGUUCUAAUUGAAUUUUAUGCUCCGUGGUGUGGCCACUGUAAAAAUAUGGAGCCAGAUUACAUUGCUCUCGGAAAGAAAUACAAGAAUGAGAAGAAUCUCGUCAUCGCCAAAAUGGAUGCCACUGCUAAUGAUGUGCCUCAUGAGAGUUAUAAAGUAGAGGGUUUCCCUACAAUCUACUUUGCUCCCAGCAACAGCAAGCAGAGCCCAGUCAAACUUGAAGGCGGUAAAAGGGACCUCGACGAACUCAGCAAGUUUGUGGAAAAGCACGCCACACAAUUAUCACAGAAAAAAGAUGAGCUCUAAGAGAUUCAGAGAAACCAUGAACUUUAUGUAAUUGCAGUUCCCAUUAAAUGGAAGUUCUCCUGAGAAAUCAGUGACCUUCAGAAAAAAAGAAUGUUUUGAUUUAUUUUUGUUGUUUUGUAUUUUUAUUUUGUUUCUGGGAUCAAAACAUUCAGUAAUUUCAUUCCAAACCAAGCACUGUAAAUGAUAUUCCUUCCUCCAGUCUUUUAAAUAAAAAAUGU